AUGAAGCGAAUCAAAGCCAACGUCCAGAGAUUGAUGAAAAACAUGGAGAUUGUUGCCAACAAGGCACGCAAUGUGCUUACUGGCGUGGGGAAGACUACCUUGUUGGAGGAAGUCGAUAAGAAACUCAAAAGCGAGAAGAGAUUGUUUGGCAUAAUCGUCAAAGCGAAAGCAUCGCAGACUCAAGAUUUGAAGAAAAUCGAAGAUGAUAUUGCUUAUGCCUUUGGUCCAAAUAUGAAGGAUGAGCCAAGCGAAGAGGGAAGAAGAGAUCGUCUGUUUCGGAAAAUACAAAGCAGUUUGAUGAAGAAGGUUCUCAUAAUAAUGAAUGAUCCAUGGGACGAACUUGAUUUGAAGGUGAUCAAAAUUCCUUUGGGGGAGGAGAGCAACAUAUGCAAGUUGUUGCUCACAUCGAGAUUGGAAAAUGUGCUGAAGCGAAAGAUGUGUGCCUAA